AUGAAAAGUCAGGUACUGUUUCCCUUCCUGCUGUCUUUGUUCUGCGGGGCCAUCUCCCAGCAGAUCCGCUACACGAUUCCAGAGGAGCUGGGCAUGGGCUCGCGGGUGGGGAAGCUAGCCAAGGAUCUGGGGAUCAGUGUCCAGGAGUUGCCAGCGAGAAAACUGAGGGUUAGUGUAGAGGAUUAUUUCAACAUUAGUGCGGAGAGCGGGGAUCUUAAAUACCCGGAAUUACUGCUGGAAAAACCUCUAGACAGGGAACAUCAGAGCUCCCAUCGCUUAAUACUGACCGCCAUUGAUGGAGGGGACCCGCCUCUAAGCGGCACAACCCAGAUCCGGAUACAAGUCACUGAUGCCAAUGAUAAUGCUCCAGUGUUCAGCCAGGAUGUUUACAGAGUUAGUCUCCAAGAAAAUGUGCCCCGGGGAACCCCUGUGCUGCAGGUGAUGGCCACAGACCAGGACGAGGGUGUUAAUGCAGAGAUCACCUACGCCUUUCUCAGUUCGCCCACAAGCCUCUUAUUCCAUCUCAAUCCGAAUACCGGUGACAUCACAACCAAUGGGACAUUGGACUUUGAAGAGACAAGUAGGUACGUGUUGGGUGUAGAAGCCAAGGAUGGAGGAGUGCACGCAGCUCACUGUAACGUUCAUAUUGAAGUUGUUGAUGAGAAUGACAAUGCCCCCGAGGUGACAUUCAUGUCCUUUUCUAAUCAGAUUUCAGAGGACACAGACUUUGGAACCGUAAUAGCCCUUAUUAAAGUGCGAGAUCAGGAUUCUGGGCAAAAUGGUCUGGUGACCUGCUAUAUUCAGGAAGAAGUUCCCUUCAAAUUAGAAUCCACCUCCAAGAAUUAUUACAAGCUAUUGAUUGACAGGACCCUAAAUCGGGAACAGACCGCAGCGUACAACCUCACUAUUAUAGCCACAGACAGGGGCAAGCCUCCCCUCUCCUCAAGCAAAAGCGUCACCUUACACAUUGGCGACGUCAAUGACAACGCUCCAGUUUUCCACCAGGCGUCCUACGUGGUUCACGUGGCCGAGAACAACCCACCUGGAGUCUCCAUCGCCCAGAUUAGCGCUUCUGACCCCGACUUGGGUCCCAACGGCAGCGUCUCCUACGCAAUCGUAGCCAGUGACCUGGAGCCGCGGGUGCUGUCGUCCUACGUGUCCGUGAGCGCACAGAGCGGGGUGGUGUUCGCGCAGCGCGCCUUCGACCACGAGCAGCUGCGCGCCUUCGAGCUGACGCUGCAGGCCCGCGACCAGGGCUCGCCCGCGCUCAGCGCCAACGUGAGCCUGCGCGUGCUGGUGGGCGACCGCAACGACAACGCGCCGCGGGUGCUGUACCCGGCGCUGGGGCCCGACGGCUCGGCGCUCUUCGACACGGUGCCGCGCGCGGCGGAGCCCGGCUACCUGGUCACCAAGGUGGUGGCAGUGGACGCAGACUCGGGACACAACGCCUGGCUGUCCUACCACGUGCUGCAGGCCAGCGAACCCGGGCUCUUCAGCCUGGGACUGCGCACUGGCGAGGUGCGCAUGGCUCGCUCCUUGGGGGACAGGGACGCAGCCCGACAUCGCCUGCUGGUCGCUGUGCGCGACGGUGGACAGCCACCUCUCUCGGCCACCGCCACGCUGCACCUGGUCUUCGCGGACAGCUUGCAAGAGGUACUGCCAGACCUUAGUGAUCGUCCAGUGCCCUCUGACUCCCAGACCGAGCUACAGUUUUACCUGGUGGUGGCCUUGGCCUUGAUCUCCGUGCUCUUCCUUCUCGCGGUGAUUCUGGCCAUCGCCCUGCGCCUGAGACACUCCUCCAGUCUCGCUGCCGAGGGCUGCUUUCAGCCUGGGCUCUGCUCCACCUCUGGACCCGGGGUUCCCCCCAACUACAGCGAGGGGACUUUGCCCUAUUCCUACAACCUAUGCGUUGCCUCGCAUUCUGCAAAGACAGAGUUUAACUUUCUCAAUGUAAUACCGGAAAUGGCGCCCCCUCAAGAUCUUCUGUGUGAUGAUCCUUCUAUGGUAGUAUGUGCCAGUAAUGAAGAUCCCCCAAUAGCUUAUGACUCUUCCUUUUCCUCUCACGUGAGUUUCCGCAAACCUAUUUAA